CGGAGGGCGUCCCCGCGCACGCCGGCCCCGCUCGCCGUAUGGCGGCCGCCCGUGCGGCUGAACUGGGCUUCGUGGAGGCGGCGCCGGCGUGGCGGCUGCGCAGCGAGCAGUUCCCAAGCAAGGUGGGCGGGCGGCCGGCGUGGCUGGGGGCGGCCGGGCUGCCGGGGCCCGAGGAGCUGGCCUGCGCGCUGUGCGGCCGCCCGCUGGUCUUCCUGCUGCAGCUGUACGCGCCGCUGCCCGGCCGCGCCGACGCCUUCCACCGCGGCCUCUUCCUCUUCUGCUGCCGGGCGCCGCCGUGCUGCGCGGGCCUGCGCGUUUUUAGGAAUCAGCUGCCCAGGAAAAACGACUUUUACUCGUACGAGCCGCCUUCCGAGGACCCUCCUGCAGAGACGGGAGACCGCGUGCGCCUCCAGCUCCCGUCCGGGGCUCAUCUCUGCAGGGUUUGUGGCUGUUUAGGCCCCAAAACGUGCUCCAGAUGCCACAAGGCCCAUUACUGCAGCAGGGAGCACCAGACUCUGGACUGGAGAUCCGGCCACAAGCAGGCUUGCACAUCGUCCGAUUAUUUGGACAGAACAAUUCCAGACCACAACUUCCUUUUCCCAGAAUUUGAAAUUGUAAUAGAAACAGAAGAUGAGAUUACCCCUGAAGUUGUUGAAAAAGAACAUGAAUCAGAAAUCUUGGGGAGCAUGGGUGAAGCACUUGAGGACGAAUUGGAUUCCAUGGCAAAACACGAAUCCAAGGAAGAUAAAAUUUUCCAGAAGUUUAAAACUAAAAUAGCCCUUGAGCCAGAACAGGUUCUCAGAUACGGCAGAGGGAUUGCACCCGUCUGGAUCUCUGGUGAAAAUAUCCCUCAAGAAAAGGAUAUUCCAAAUUGCCCCUGUGGUGCCAAGAGAAUAUUUGAAUUCCAGGUCAUGCCCCAGCUGCUCAACCACCUGAAGGCUGACAGACUGGGCAGGAGUAUCGACUGGGGUGUCCUGGCUGUCUUCACCUGUGCUGAAAACUGUAGACUGGGGACUGGCUACACAGAGGAAUUUGUUUGGAAGCAAGAUAUAACAAAUACACCCUAAAGAGAAUGUAAAGCCUUAAAAAUGCUCAUAGUCUCUUAAACCUUGCAAGUCCAUUUAUCCUAAGAAAUAAUUGCAGCAGAGACAAAGGUACAAAGAUGUUGCUUUAGAUGAGUUUACGGUAUGUAAAUAUUCGUGCAACAAAAAUGUCUGGUGACAGGUAAUUAAGUUCUGGUGACUCCCUACAGAAGAAGGUAAUGCAGUCUUAAGGAUACACACCUAUACGCACAAGGUAAAGGUUUCAACGGACACCAAGAUACUCAGAGUAUGUUUGUAUUUUUAGGAAAGUAUUUAUGCAUGUGUAUGUCUCCAGAAAUCUGGAAAGAUCCAUACUUAGCGUGAGCAAGUUAACCAAGGAUGGUGGGAAUAAGUGAAGUAAUCGCCUAUGUGUGUUUCUACAAUAAAAAUGGGUUAAUUGCCUAAUUAAGAUAA